GCUCUUGUUUGAAUUAAGAACUUGAAAAACAUAAGUUUUAGUGUGUGGUGUAAAGUUAACCGAUACAGAGUUGUUGAAUUAAAAUCCUCUUAUAAUUGAAAUAGCUUCCUUUGAAACUGAAAGUAGAAAAUCUGUGAAAGGUUGAUGGAGAUGUUCUUCUGUAGCAGCCAUUUUCCUCAACCUUCUCAAAACCCUUCUAAUUUGCUCCUUCUUUCAGGUCCUCCUUCUUCUGGGAAAACUUCUCUGCUCUUUCAAUUUGCAUUCAAUGUAGCACUUCACUCCCACAACGUCAUCUUCAUUUCCAACCGCCAAAGAUUCGAUUCCAAACCCCCUUUUCUUUCGCAGGGAAUUGAUCCAUCUUCUCAUGUCUUCCACCGUAUACAAAUGAAGUACGUGAAUGAUGAUGAAGACAUCAAGAAGUACUUUGCUGCCUUCCACCUGUAUGAUACAUUGCCUGCAGCAGUUCUUAUUGAUGAUUUUGGUGAUUUCUUUGACGACAAGAUCUGCCAACAACGAUAUUGUAAUCCCCGCGGACGAGACAUGGCCAUGGUCAAGACUCUAGCCUUAUGCCACAAUGCAAUUACUUUCGCAAAUCAAAAAGGGUCUUGCAAGGUUGUGUUGUCGGAUACUCAUACUCACCAGAGAGACUCUCCAAGGUUUCAUUUCAUCUAUAAGAAAUGGAUACAAACCACUUUUACUAUUCAAGAAGGGGAUGUGUCUGGAUCAUUUAUUCUGAAAGAUAAGAGUCAUUCACCAACCGAUCACAACACAGCUGUGAUCAAAGCUGCAAAGUACUCCAUUGCUCUUCAAUAUCUGGUUUUUGAAGGAGUUGUUGAAGAUGAAGUACAAUAGAUAAGUUACCUUUCCCCCACUUGGAACCGAUUGAUACAUGUAACCGUGUUGUAUAUUCUCUUGGAACAUUUAACAGUGAUAAUCAACAAUAAACUGAACUUCGGAGCCUGCAUCUUCAUCACCAGUGUCAAAUCUUGGGUUCUGUUGCAUCGGUUAAUUAUGAAGAUCAGAAAACCCUGGCUAGGUAUCGUUGCUGCAAGUGUUUACUAUUUCAAUACAUUAAACAAAAAUGAUUUGUGGACACUAAAAUCUAUUUGAUAUCCAGAAAGAUGAAAUAUUAGAAAGAAAAGUGGAGGAAUGAUAGGUGAUAUGUUGUAUGUCACAGGAAAAAAUGAAAAAUAUUAAGUGUUUAGAAUGAAAAAAAUGUUCGUGCUGUUA